UUCCGUACAAUCUAUUCUGCUACGACUGAAUUGACAGUUCGUUCACUGCGCGUUCAUGAAUUGUGUGUAUGUCGUGUGUAUUUUAUUGAAAUCCUGAUGAAGGGGGGUUGAAGAGGGUUGGUAAUGGUUUGGGGUUCUAGAUCGCAGGCGCUCUGAGGGAUUGAAGGAAUCCCCUAAUAUAUCGUAGGAAGAAUAGAUCGAGAUCCACGAGUUAAAUCCUCGAAUCGAUGGACUCCUUUCUGAUUCUGACAACAUCAGUCCACUUCUUUGGUACUCACUGAAGAUCAUUACGUAUCUCCCAGUCAACAAGGAAACCAAGCGGCUCUCUCCAAGUUGAAUGUUACAGUGUCUUAGGUCAUUGCCAGGGGUCAUUGUAUAGAGUUUGUUCAAUAUUUUCGUAAGCAAUUCAUGUGAACACUUCGAGAAGAAAAUUCAGCAUUUCGACUGAGCACCAAAAUGACCUGUAACGUUCAAGGCUUGGAGACACCGUGUGCCGCCAAUAUAAAUGGAGUGGGAGGAAAUCUGUUUCUGGCCUUAAUCAACACACUUUUCGCCAGCCAGUGUCUACUGGGACGUAAAGACAUCUACCCACCGAAUUAUGGCGAGACUCUCAGCAAUGAUGAGGAGUUUGACUUCAUCGUUAUUGGUGCAGGGUCAGCAGGAUCAGUAGUGGCAAGCAGACUAUCGGAAGAUGGCAAAUACAGUGUGUUAGUACUGGAGGCGGGCGAUUAUCCUUCUGCUACCAGUGACAUACCUAGUCUACUAUUCAGUCUCCAAGGAACAGACGAAGACUGGCAGUAUCAGACGGUUCCUUCUAAGACCUCUUCCCUGAGUCUGAAAGAUGGUGUUAGCAAAUGGCCAAGAGGCAAAGUCGUUGGUGGUUCAAGUUCGAUCAACGUCAACCUCUAUCUGAGAGGCAAUAAACGGGAUUAUGAUCAUUGGUCGACCCUUGGUAACAAAGGUUGGGACUACGAUAACGUCAUGCCUUUCUUCAGACUGUCAGAAAGGGUUGUGGCUCCAGAAAUAAUGGAAUCUAACAAUUACGGUACCAUGGGUUUGUUACCUCUCAGCAGAUACGAACUUCAAGAGCCAAUAAGGAAUGCUGUUCUUGACGCUGCACAAGAGAUGGGCUAUCAGGUAUCCAAGGAAGAGAUUCCGUUAGGAUUUUUUGACGCUCUCAUGACAGUUGGAGAUGGCGUUCGAGCAAAUUCUGCUAAGGUUUUUCUUGGAAACAAUAAGGAAUUUUUAAACCUUCAUCUAUCAACCAAAUCUCACGUCAAAAAGAUUGUUAUCGAUAAAGAAACUAAGACAGCUACAGGCGUAGAGGUUGAAGUGGGUGGAAAAACUAUUGUGGUCAGAGCAUCAAAGGAGGUCAUACUAUCGUCAGGUGCAAUUGGAUCUCCACAAAUCCUCAUGUUGAGUGGAAUUGGUCCUAGAGAACACUUGGAGGCGAACGGUAUCGAAGUUAUACAAAACCUAAAUGUAGGAGCAAACCUUCAAGACCAUUUGAUGUAUAGCACUCUUUUUGUGAAGCUAAAUAAGUUUUCGAAUAAAAUUAUGCAGCCUCAUCAAAUGCUCGACGAAUUCUACAAAUACUUUCUGUAUAGACAGGGAGAAGUUGGGCAAAUUAGAAUGACGAAUUUGCAGGGACUCAUCAACACUAGAAACGAUUCAGAGUAUCCCAACAUACAGUAUAUGUUUUCAUUGCAUCCUCAGAGUGACCUCCUUUUGUCGGAGAUAUUGAAAUGCUGGAAUGUGGAAGAUGAAAUCACUAAUAAUAUAGUACAUGCCAAUGAGAGGUCUAAUGUUCUUUCCUUCUUCCUGGUUCUGCUAAACCCAAAAUCUAGGGGAAAAGUUCUGUUGAGAAGCAAAGAUCCGAAAGACAAACCCCUGAUUGACACAGGUUACUUGACAGAUGAAAAAGGCGAAGACUUGCAAAUUUUAUUGGAAGCGCUCAGACACACAGAAAAGUUUUUGGGGACGAAAGCCAUGCGAAACUUUGAAGCCGAAAUCUUGGAUAUUGGAAUUCCUAAGUGCAAAAAGUUCAAAUUUGGCAGUGACGACUACUGGAAGUGUGCCUUCAGAAAUUUGGCAAUGACCGUAUACCAUCCUGUUGGAACUUGCAAAAUGGGCCCAGAUGAUGAUUCCGAAGCAGUGGUAAAUCCAAGGUUGCAAGUUCGAGGAAUAAAGGGCCUGAGAGUGAUAGACGCGUCAAUUAUGCCCACCAUAACAAGUGGAAAUACCAAUGCACCUUCUUUGAUGAUUGGUCAGAAGGGAGCACAGAUGAUUCUGGAUGACCAUGAAAUCAUGCACACAGAAUUGUAGUCGAGCAGUUCUUUCUAUUGACAAACCAAUUUUGACUCCUCAAACUAUAAAUACCACGAUGUUCCUCAAUCAUAUUUAUGUAUAUCUACAUGCGAAAUGUUUCUUGGUAUAGAAAAUAAGUUCCCUUAGUUGAAUCAUGGAAGUUUGAAAACUGAAUAUGAGCAUGUAUUUAUUGAAGGUUUUUAUGUUUAUUUUUACUUUGUAAAAUAUUUAUUUUUAAAAUAUAAGCACUAUGAAUGCAGAAGUUAAA